UUCCCUUUCCCUUUCCCUUGGGGGGGUUUUGUUUUGUUUUUGGGCCUUUGACCUCUCCCCCUUCAAUUCUCUCCGUCUCCUCUCUACACUCCUCGUUCCCUCGCUCUACUCUACUGGCCGUUAGAAAAGAAAAAAAAAAAAAAAAAGGAAGAAAAGAAGGAAGGGAAAAACACACAAUCACAUUCACACUCACAAAUACACGCAGGAAUCCUGACCAAAAACAUUCUCUUAAAUUCCAGAGUUAGAUGUAGCGAAUUUAUGUGAAUGUAAGCAGUUACAGAUAGUAGUAUGAGCAGCGCUAGACUGGGCGGCAUUUUGCACUACCACCACCGGUUAUGAAUCCCACUGCUGCUGACCCAGCACCUCCGCCUCCUCCCCCGCCGCAGCCUCCGCGUUCCUCCUUCAGCUGUGACCGCCACCCUCAGGAACAAUUUACCGGUUUCUGCCCCUCCUGCCUCUGCGAGCGCCUCACCACUCUCGACCAAUCCUCUUCCAAUCCUUCUUCCUCUUCUCGCCGCCCUUCCACCUCCUCUUCCUCCGCUGCCGCCGCCCUUAAAUCCCUCUUCUCCUCCUCUUCCUCCAAGCCCUCCACCUCCUUUACCACCACCACUACUAACCCCCCGCCACAGCCCCCUCCUAAACCCUCCAAACCAGCCUCAUUUUUCCCGGAGCUCCGCCGCACCAAGUCCUUCUCCGCCUCCAAGCACGAGGGCCUAGGCUUGAACUUCUCCGGCGCUUUCGAGCCUCAACGCAAGUCCUGCGAUGUUCGUGUCCGCAACACGCUUUGGACCCUUUUCACUCUCGACGACGAGUCUAAAGUCACCACCUCCGCCAAACCCUCUACCUCUUCCUCUUCUUUAAAUCCUCAACAUUCCAUCCUCACCAAAGAUACCCAUGAUGAUUUUGUGAACAAGCCCGUUUUUGAGUCCAAAGAAGAAGGAGAAGGAGAAGAGGAGCCUCAAAACGAAGAAAGUGAAUGCAGUUACGAUAGCAGCAGCAGCAGCAACAACAACAACAACAACAAUAACAACAACAUCGGGUCUGAUGAAAUCACCCCUGUAGCUGCAAUUCAGGAAGCUCCUGUUGUGGAAGAAAGAGGAGACAUCAAUUUGGAGAUCGUGGAAGAAGAAGACGAAGAGGUGGUGGAUUUUAGUACCAUAAAGCCCAUGAAAGAUCAUAUAGAUCUCGAUUCUCAGGCGAAGAAGCCUUCUGGAGGAGGCGGAGUGAGAGAAAUUGCGGGGAGUUUCUGGUCAGCUGCCUCAGUUUUCAGUAAGAAAUGGCAUAACUGGAGGCGCAAGCAGAAGAUGAAGAAGCGAAGCAACGGCGAGUUAUCGGCUACAUUGCCUGUGGAGAAGCCCAUUUCCAGGCAGUACAGAGAGACUCAGUCCGAGAUUGCGGAUUAUGGGUUUGGGCGGCGUUCUUGUGAUACUGAUCCUCGGUUCUCUCUUGACGCCGGGAGGAUUAGCUUUGAUGAUCCCAGGUACUCGUUCGACGAGCCUCGGGCUUCUUGGGACGGGUACUUGAUUGGGAGGAGUUUUCCGAGGAUGCCACCCAUGCUGUCCGUCGUGGAAGAUGCCCCAGCUGUUCACGUUUCGAGGUCUGAUUCUCAGAUUCCGGUGGAGGAGCCCAAUGUCCUUGGGAUGAAUUGCCCCGUUAAUGACGAUGAGGCUGUGCCGGGAGGGUCUGCUCAGACUAGGGAGUAUUAUUCGGAUUCUUCUUCCAGGAGGAGGAAGAGCCUGGAUAGGUCUAGUUCUAUUAGGAAGACUGCGGCUGAUGUGGUGGCGGAGAUCGAUGAGAUGAAGGGGGCUUCUAAUGCUAGGGUAUUGCCUGCUAAUCUGGACUAUAUGAAUGGGACAAAGGUUAUAGUUGCCGAAAGGGAUUCCAAGGAUGCAAACUCAAGUUCUUUGAGGGAUGACUACUCUGAGACUUUUGAAUUACGUAGUCUGAGAGAUAAUGCUUCGGUGGUUGGGAAUGGAGAAGGAAAGGGGCCAAAGAAAUCAAGGAGAUGGAGUUGGAAAAUAUGGGGUUUUAUACACCGGAGAAAUGGUGGAAACAAGGAUGAGGAUGAUGACAGGGAUAGUAAAGCAAAUGGGGUGGAAAGGUCAUAUUCAGAGUCUUGGCAGGAGUUAAGGCGGGAGGGUAAUGGUGAAGUGAAAGAUGGGAUCAAUAGAAAGGUGUUUCGGAGUAACAGUAGUGUGAGCUGGAGGAAUUCAAGUUAUAUUGGGGGAUCAUUUGGAAGUGUGAGGAGAUUGGGGAUGGAGAUGAAUGGAAAUGGCAAGAAGAGGAGAGACGACUUCAUCUUGGAGAGGAAUAGGAGUGCCAGAUAUUCGCCGAACAAUGUGGAUCAUGGCCUCCUGCGCUUUUACUUGACGCCCCUGAGAAGCAGCAGCCGCAGAGGUGCUCCGGCAAAGAACAGGCAAAAUGGCUCUCAUACAAUUGCAAGAAGUGUACUUCGGCUAUACUGAGACUAAGGAAGGCUGGUUUAACCUUGUCCUGCGUUUAAGGGAAGUCGGUGCAUUCUUCUUGAUAGCAACAUGAAGUUGGGCAUGCUUAAAGGCUGAAGAUCGUCACUCCAGUCUUCCCUGGUAAGAGGGUGUCAAGGUGAAGGUGUGGUGAAUGGCUAGUGCUAAAGCUGCAUUUAUGCUUUAGAAACAGAGCAUAUGAGGAACUCGGGAGGCAAAGCUGGUUGAAAAGAGACUACUACUUGGUUGAAUCAGGCAUGUAGGCGGAUCAGAGGGAGAGGAGGUCCACAAGGCAUCUCUUCUUCGCUUGAUUUCUGUUAUCCUUUGACAUGUUUGUCUAAUUAUUUUUGGGGUAUAUGCGUUUUAGUUGCAAUUACAAGUUGAUGAGGGGAUAUAUUGGAGGAUUUGUUGAAAAAUGUGAUAUACAAGUAUUUUAGCGCUGAUUCCUCUUUCUUUUUUA